UUGGCCCCAGCCAGGCUCGGGCGCGCGCGCUGAGGUCCGAAUGUUGUGAAUAAAAUGCGCCGUUUGUUACACCCCGGCGGCGCAGGCAGCUCUUAAAGGACCAGAGACCCGGGGUCGCCGGCGCCUUCUUGGACCUCCCCGGCUCUGGGGGCAACUCUGAGGAGGCUGCAGCUCUCUGCAAGCGCGAAGGAAAACAAAGAAGCGACCGGAAACAGCCGUGGGGGGCGCGGGCACGGGGCUCGGAGCCGGCGCCCAGGAACCACGGCAGAAAGGACGGCUUAUGUGGGGUGCAGCUGCACCCAGAGAAGGGGAGCCAGCCGGCAGAUCCCAAAGAACCAGUGAGGAACUGUGUUUGGCAUGUGAGAUCCAGCAUCACCUUUUGCCUUGUGAACAUCCCCAAUGCGACCAUGGGAACUGGCAGUGAAUAGGUGGCCUCCUGUCCCAUUUGACCAGCAACAAUUCCCAGGGGAGAGCUGUGGCAGCCCAGCACACCUCAGGAGAAGCCCUCCUUUCCGGCACCACUGGGGCCGACGUGAGCGACCUCUGCAAACUCUCCUAGCCCAGGAUGAGAACUACUUGCACCCGGCUUUUUUCCAGCAGCAGCAGCCACAGCCACAAGUCUCUGUAGAUGAGCACCCAGCGUAUGUUCUGGCCACCACGCCACCACGAAUGCUUCACCCAGCGGCACACACAUCCCACCAGCAUCCAUUCAUGGUGGAUCUCCAUGACCAGGUGCAUCAGGGAGCUGUCCCUCUCUCCUACACGGUGACCACAGUAACAACACAAGGCUUCCCCAUUCAUACUGGCCAGCACAUACCUGGCUGCAGUGCGCAGCAGCUCCCAGCAUGCUCAGUGAUGUUCAGUGGACAGCACUAUCCACUCUGCUGCCUCCCACCCCCUCUCAUCCAGGCCUGUGCCAUGCAGCAACUCCAUGUCUCUUAUCAAACAUUCCCACCACUCAUUUCCAGUGAUCAUUAUAUCCUGCACCCUCCGCCACCUGUGCCACCACACCAGCCUGCUCAUAUGACAGCCCUCGGCCAGUUUGUCCCACUCCAGCCACAGCAUCCUCGCAUGCCACUUCAGAGGAUAGAAAACGAGGUAGAGCUUCGGGGUGAACAGCACUCAAUGGGGGGCUUCUCGUAUUCUCCUUCCCAUCAUACUCCUACCUUGUCUCCCUCUGUACCAUUGUAUCUUCCACACACACACGACCCACUUCACCAAGAACUGCCGUUUGGAGUG